AAAAUUCUUGAAUAUAAUAAAACUACCAUAAAAAUGAGUUAGCAUGCCUUUCAAAACUACAAUAUUGUUGGACUGUGGUUAAUUAACCAUGGCACUUACUUAGCAGAUCAGUUUUCUAUAUUUGAAUUUAAAAGUGUUGGGGGUUUUAUGAAAAAAACUAACUUGUUGGCUAUGUUAUUGUUGUUAUGUAGGUUGUCAAUUAUGUUAUAGAAAAGAUGGUUCUUGAUAAAGAUAAACCACUGGAGAGUGUAAAUACUGAUGGAGCAUUUGCUCCUGGACAUGGAGGGCAAUCACAGCUCUCUGCAGUAGGUGAUUUAUCUUUUCGGUCUGGAUUAAAACCUUGGCUAAAGCUUCGACCUUCUAUUGAGGUUUUGUGCAAUAAUCAGGUCUUAUCCCCAGAUAUGAGCUUAGCUACUGUGCGAGCUUACAUAUGGAAGAAACCUGAGGAUCUUGUUCUUAAUUACCGAGUACUUCAGGGAAGGUGACCAUAUAGCUCCAGGAGAGGGGAGUAACGAGGCUGCAGGUUGAACAAGGUGUAUUCAUGAUGGAGAUCUCGUGUAAGGUACUGGCAGUGUAACAAUUUUUCUAAGGUUGCCUAUCAUGAUCAGAAGGAUCUCUUGGGUCAUUGGUAAAUUUGAAUUCCUAUUUGGCUGUUAAAACUUCCGGGUGUUCUCUGUUAUAGCCAAGACAAAACCUGAUUAGCAUUCUCAUGGUUGGAAAAGCAUUCUUAAAAUUUUUUAACUUUUAAGAAGUACUUGGCAUGUGUGCUUUUGCUGGAGAUUGGAAAGUAGGAUGGAUGAUCCUGGAAGUGGGCCGAAGAGUUUGUGACAUUGAGGAAGAAUUAGCUUGGAGAAGAUUUGUCACUAAGAGGCACAAAAUUAGGUGUAUGAUGUCGAAAAAGCUGUGUAGAUUUUGUAUUGUGGGAUCGGAUACCUAGCGAUAGAAAUGCCAUUACAAAGAUUUCUUUUUCUUUUUAGAAUUUUAGAAUUUUCAUUUGGAAAUAAUAGAAGUUCAAGUUGUGUUACAUUUCCCCAUUCUAUAUAUUUUCAAGAAAAUUUUCCUGCAAGCUGUUUCACACACUCAUCAUUUGUGGAUUCCGGAAACAAAAACAUUGUUACUGCAUGUGUAGCUCCUUAAGGAUAUAUUUUCGGUGUCGUUUGUGUAUUUCUAACUGCUAUCAGGAGAUGUACCAAAAAAAAAAAAAAGAAACACUGCUAUCUGGAGAUACUUGAGGGAAUAGAAACAUGUAGACUUA